AGGCAGCAAGAGAGUUCUAGAAACCGGCAGCGGCCUAUUUGUGCCGUGCUUCGUAGCUGGUAGCAGAUCCGUCCCUGCUUUGCUGCGGUUGUGUCUAGAGCCGGCUGUAUUUUGUCACCAUGACCGCUGUCAAAGCCCUGAACCCGAAGGCAGAGGUAGCCCGUGCCCAGGCAGCUCUCGCUGUAAACAUCAGCGCUGCCCGCGGACUCCAGGAUGUGCUGAAGAGUAACCUGGGACCCAAAGGCACAAUGAAAAUGCUUGUGUCUGGUGCCGGCGAUAUAAAGCUGACCAAAGAUGGUAAUGUUCUGUUGCAUGAAAUGCAAAUUCAGCACCCAACAGCCUCUUUGAUUGCCAAGGUUGCUACGGCUCAGGAUGACAUCACAGGAGAUGGUACAACUUCCAAUGUGCUCAUAAUUGGAGAGCUUCUGAAGCAAGCCGAUCUGUAUGUGUCAGAGGGCCUGCAUCCUCGGAUCAUAGCUGAGGGAUUUGAAGUAGCAAAAGAAAAGGCUCUUGAGGUUUUGGAACAAGUGAAAGUAACCAGGGAUAUGGAUAGAGAGACUCUCAUCAGUGUUGCUAGGACUUCUCUUAGAACCAAGGUCCACUCGGAGCUUGCAGACCUCUUGACAGAAGCUGUAGUAGAUGCAGUUCUUGCCAUCCGGAAACCAAAUGAGCCCAUUGACCUCUUCAUGGUUGAAAUUAUGGAGAUGAAACACAAAACAGAUAGCGAGACAACCCUGAUCAGAGGUUUGGUGUUGGAUCAUGGUGCUCGGCAUCCAGAUAUGAAGAAGAGAGUUGAAGAUGCUUUCAUUCUGACUUGCAACGUUUCCCUGGAAUAUGAAAAGACCGAAGUCAACUCUGGCUUUUUUUACAAGAGUGCAGAGGAGCGGGAAAAGCUGGUCAAAGCGGAGAGAAAGUUCAUCGAAGACCGAGUAAACAAAAUUAUUGACCUGAAGAACAAAGUUUGUGGUGACACUUCCAAAGGAUUUGUUGUGAUUAAUCAGAAGGGUAUUGAUCCAUUUUCUCUAGAUGCACUAGCAAAAGAAGGAAUCGUAGCUCUCCGCAGAGCUAAGAGGAGGAAUAUGGAGAGGCUUAGCCUUGCAUGUGGAGGUAUAGCCAUGAACUCUGUGGAUGACCUAACACCAGAAUGCCUGGGAUAUGCUGGUCUUAUGUAUGAGCACACACUUGGUGAAGAGAAGUUCACAUUCAUCGAAAACUGUAGUAACCCACGCUCAGUGACCCUUCUGAUCAAGGGGCCAAACAAGCACACUUUAACACAGAUCAAAGAUGCCGUAAGAGAUGGACUUCGGGCAGUCAAGAAUGCUAUUGAAGAUGGCUGUGUGGUGGCAGGAGCUGGUGCUUUAGAAGUAGCAGUGGCUGAUGGCCUUGUGAAACACAAACCUAAUGUGAAAGGCAGGGCCCAGCUGGGAGUGCAGGCCUUUGCGGACGCUCUGCUUAUUAUUCCCAAGGUGCUUGCACAGAACUCUGGUUACGAUCCACAGGAAACCUUAGUGAAGCUGCAGACUGAGUAUAAAGAGUCUGGACAGCUCAUUGGUGUGGACCUGAACACAGGUGAACCCAUGGUUGCAAGUGAGGCAGGUGUGUGGGAUAACUACAGUGUCAAGAAACAGCUUCUUCAUUCAUGCACAGUAAUUGCAAGCAACAUACUUCUGGUGGAUGAAAUCAUGAGAGCUGGAAUGUCUUCCCUUAAAGGCUAAUCCCAGGAAGAGAAGCAGUAACCGAGGCCUGAUCCUCGGUGGAUAGCUCACUCACAGCACUUCUGAGAUCGUCGGCAUGACGCCACCAGUCUCAACUGAUUAACAAAGAGCUGUAAUGACGCACAAGGCGUACUGUCUGAGAAACCAUUCACCCCAAUUGAAACAUUUCCUUCCAAAUUAAACCAGUUUAUUUAUUUGUUGUUGUUUUUUUUGUUAAUGGCACUGAACUGUACAGGACAGUUUUCCACUUUGUACCCAAUAAAAUUUUAGUUUGGCUCUCAAAACAAA